GAACCACAUAAACUGAUAAACCAUCCCAAAACACGCCAGGCAGAGCAAAACCUCCUCCCCGUUACCCGCAGUUGCGAAGCUUCCCUACUUCUCCCCCAAUCUCGCUUCACGAACAAGAACACCCGAAUCAGAGAAACAAGAAACAGAAAGAUCAAAGGAAGAGGCGAGAGCGCCAAAUCCUCUGGCACCCCCAUUCCCGCCCCAGGUUCGAUCAAAGGAGAGAGCAGAAAACGUGGUUCGCGAGAAUGGUGGCGAUCGAGAGCCAGGUCCAGAGGCCGGCGGAGCCGGCGAGGAUCCCCAAGGAGGCGCGGCGUCUCCUGCACGACCUGGCGGCCGCGUGGCCGAACGUGGCGGACUGCCGCGCGCUGGAGGUGGUGCCGCUCAAGGGCGCCAUGACCAACGAGGUGUACCAGGUGCGCUGGCUCACCGCCCCGGCCGAGGCGGGCGCCGGCGCGGGGCCGCUCAAGGAGAGGGAGGUGAGGAAGGUGCUGGUGCGGAUUUACGGCGACGGCGUCGACCUCUUCUUCGACCGCGAGGACGAGCUGCGCACCUUCGAGUGCAUGUCCCGCCACGGCCAGGGCCCCCGCCUCCUCGGCCGCUUCCCCAACGGCCGCGUCGAGGAGUUCAUCCACGCACGGACAUUGUCGGCUCCCGACCUACGCGAUCCUGAAAUUUCAGCUCUGGUGGCUACAAAACUGAGGGAAUUCCACAACCUUGACAUGCCUGGUCCCAAGCAUGUGCUCCUCUGGGACAGACUGAAGAACUGGCUCAAAACUGCCAAGAACCUGUGCCCAACUGAUCAAGCCAACGAAUUACGCUUGGAUUGCCUGGAGAACGAAAUUGCCUCGCUGGAGAAAGAAUUCUCAGGGGAUUACCACCACUGGAUUGGUUUCUGCCACAAUGAUCUACAAUAUGGCAACAUCAUGAUGGAUGAAGAGACCAACAUGCUGACCAUCAUUGACUAUGAGUACGCAAGCUUCAACCCAGUUGCAUAUGACAUCGCUAACCAUUUCUGCGAGAUGGCGGCAGACUAUCAUUCAGAAAAGCCUCAUAUACUGAACUACAGUAAAUAUCCAGAUAUCGAUGAGCGGAGGCGUUUCGUGAAGACUUACCUGACCACUUCUUGUGAGUACAAAACUCUAUCAUUUUUAUUCGAUUGCCCGAUGAUUCCUUUCGUGCUAACACAGCUUUGUUCGGCAGGCGAGGAACCUGAAGCGGAAGAGGUGGAGAAUCUGCUCCAGAGCGUGGAGAAGUACACGCUUGCCAGUCAUCUGGUUUGGGGCCUUUGGGGAAUCAUAUCGGAUCGUGUCAACGACAUCGACUUCGAUUAUCAGGAGUAUGCAAGGCAGAGAUUCGAGCAGUACUGGCAGAAGAAGCCUGCGGUCCUAACCUCAUGAAUAGCUAAACCUAUGGCUUCAGGAACUCCCUGAGGGGCUGUGCUGCACAAAAUGCAGUAUUACUCAAACACAUAUCCCCUGGCUGGGAUAUAACAGGAAGGAUAUGAAAGAAAAAUAGUAUUACGAGGAAGUAUAAACCCGUUCCAGGGUCAGAAGCUCCCAUUUCGAACCUUGACAAGGUCCAGCUUCAGGAAGGAAGCUGUCUAUGGGGGAUUUGGUUGACUGUUUAUAGGUAUAGCCUCUGAUAAAGCCUCGGAGUUGCACUUUGUAUGUUGUUUUCCUAAACACCGCUGGUGGUGUUUGUGUGAUUGUGCUGCUAGUUUAUGUAUACUUGACGGAGGAAAGUAUGUAUAAGACAUGUCGUAAAAGAAGUAUGAGUAUGUUUGAGAUCUUGAUUGAA